GAGUUGCCAUAUUGAAUAUAGUACAUUAUUUGAGUCAAGAACAUUGUGCCCGAUAAACAUGGUAUGACGACUACUUUUAGUGAAUCAUAUUUGAGGCUCAUUCCAAAUAUUCUCCUACAUUUACGCACCAAAACUAUCUGCAAUCAAGUUUUUGAUAAUCUAUGCAAAUCUUAUAUACAGCCAUUCUCAUCGGAAUCUCAAUUUCGUAAACAAGGAGAGAGAGAGAGAGAUGGACGGACACGAAAACAAUACAUCCUCUCUCAGCACUCCAUUAAAUAGUAGUUCAGAAAAGAUUAAAGAUGAAAAUGGUUCGUUUUUGGAGGAACUCAGAAAGCAAUUAUGGCUGGCGGGGCCUCUGAUUUCGGUGUCUCUGCUGCAGUUUUGUUUGCAGCUGAUUUCAGUUAUGUUUGUGGGCCAUUUGGGAGAGCUCGCUCUUUCUGCUGCUUCCAUGGCCACCUCCUUCGCCUCUGUCACCGGUUUUAGCUUGCUGAUGGGCAUGGCGAGCGCGUUAGACACGCUGUGUGGGCAGUCCUACGGAGCGAAGCAGUACCAUAUGCUCGGAAUACACACUCAGAGGGCCAUGUUGGUUCUGUUGCUGGCGUGCGUGCCCCUCGCUGUCAUCUGGGCCAACACGGGUCCAAUCCUCGAAGCAUUAGGCCAAGAUCCGGACAUCUCUAGAGAGGCCGGAAGCUAUGCUCGUUACAUGAUCCCUUGUGUUUUUGGAUACAGCAUCCUGCAAUGCCAAGUCAGGUUCCUGCAGACGCAGAGCAUCGUGUUCCCAAUGAUGAUAAGCACCGCAAUCACAACUCUGUUGCAUCUCCUUGUGUGCUGGAUUCUGGUGUUCAAGUCUGGACUUGGUAGCAAGGGAGCUGCUGUGGCUAGCUGCGUAUCUUACUGGCUUAACGCGUUGCUUCUCGCUCUUUACAUCAAGUAUUCCUCGUCGUGCUCCAAGACGUGGGCUGGAUUCUCGAGAGAAGCCCUGCACAACAUCUUUGAUUUCCUCAGACUCGGCCUCCCUUCAGCAGUUAUGGUCUGCUUGGAGAAUUGGUCGUUCGAGAUGAUGGUUCUGCUCUCUGGUCUUCUUCCAAAUCCGGCAUUGGAAACAUCUGUUCUUUCCAUCUGCCUUAAUACAUCUUCAACCGUUUGGAUGAUCCCGUUUGGGCUCAGUUCUGCUAUCAGCACACGAAUAGCAAACGAGCUUGGUGGUGGGCGGGCACGAGCAGCACGCUUAGCUCUGCGUGUGGUGCUAGUAAUGGCCGUGGCCGAGAGCACUCUAGUUGCGCUGGUUCUUGUAUUGAUACGCAAUAUGUGGGGAUAUGCUUACAGCAAUGAGGCAGAAAUUGUGAGCUACGUAGCAGCAAUGAUGCCCCUUCUUGCUACAUCUAACUUCAUAGAUGGCCUCCAAUGUGUUCUAUCAGGUGCUGUUAGAGGAUGUGGAUGGCAGAAAACGGGGGCGUGCAUCAACCUCGGAUCGUAUUAUCUUGUGGGCAUCCCUACCUCCAUCUUUUUAGCUUUCGUUCUGCAUGUAGGAGGCAAGGGUCUGUGGAUGGGGAUUAUAUGCGCUCUGGUGGUGCAAGUGAUCUGCCUUUCGAUCAUCAUGCUACGGACUAACUGGGAACAUGAAACAAAGAAGGCCAGAGAAAGAGUGUAUAACUCGACGAUUCCAGUGGAGCUAUUGUGGUGAAGAUGCAGUCAUAGAGUGUUUGAAGACAUGAGCUUACAAGCGGCAAUAUCCUUUUUGGUGGAUGUAUUAAAUCAUGCUACAAAUUGUUUUUUAGUCUAUUUGAAAUUUUGCUAUAUAUGACUCGUGUCGUCCAAGUUAUUUUUUGAAAGCAGCUUUGUUUAUUAGCUUUUGGUCAAAUAUCAUGAUAUGACAAUUGGUCAAAUAUCAACUUCUAAACAAAUAUGUAUAUAUAUGGUUGUCAUUUGGUUCUCA